AUGGGCCAUGCUCGCAACAACUACCCAGCGGAUGGAGAUCUCAGUGACAGGAAGAGGAAGAGGGAUGUUGAGAAUGACAUGCACGGAUUGCGCACACGUGGAGGAGGCAGACCUGGCAUCGGCGAGGACAAUAGCAAUACGGCUGAUGUCGAUCGUGCGAGCCCUCGUGCCGCAACAGGCGCGAACGCCAUUAUACCCAAGCGAAAACAACCUUGCGUCUUACUUAGAUAG